AUGAACGAAAGGUCGUCUUCUCAAGAUUCGCUCGAAAGAACGGAGGAACCUCCCACUAAAAGAGUCAAAAUUGAACCAAUUUCAGAAGAGGCCGAGACACGUGACAACCUCACGUCAGAUAAAUUGGAAAACGAUGAGGAAGCAAAACAUAUAAAUGAAACUGUCGGUGAACAGAAUGAAAAAAUACAGAAGUCUAAAACCGUGAGUUCGAAAGUGGAACAGGACAAAGAAAGCAACAAUCAAGUCUUAGAUCCUAGUAUUACUGCACAAAGCGAAGAAGUCAAAUCAAGUAUAUCAAAUGCUGUUGCCCAUGCUAAGGCAGCGAUUGGAGCAAAGAUAUCUGGUGUUUCAAGUAUUUGUGCUUCGUCUGAAUCACCAUUAAAGGUUCCAACUGCCACGGAAAUUCCACCGGAAUCAGAGAAACCAGCAAGAGGUUCUCCAGCUUGGCAACAGUUGCGUAAACUUAAUCACAAAGAGGUGGAGAGAAGAAGAAGAGAGUCUAUAAAUCAGGCCAUAAAAGAACUCCGUGAGCUACUACCAACCCAGAAUAGUAAUAAAUCUCAAACAAUUAAAAGAGCGGCAGAGUACAUACGGAGGUUAAGAGAAAAUGAAAAUGCAAAUAUUGAAAAAUGGACAUUGGAAAAACUUAUUACCGACCAAGCGGUCAAUGAGUUGGCUAAUUCUAAUGAAAAGCUCAAGAGUGAAUUGGAGAAAGCCUACAGGGAGAUAGAGAUUUGGAAAAAGCAUUUCCUUGAGAUUAAAGCGAAGCUCAAGGAUGGUAAAAACUAG